AUGGCGAAGCAAAUUCAAGCCUUCUUGCUCAUUUGCUUGAUCCUGAUAAUAGCCGUAGCCGUGGCCGUGGUUGAUGGCACUACUGCCCAAGGCGGCCCAGAAGAAUCAGUUGAUGAGUGGUUCCAUAAGCUGGGCAGGGCAAAAGAGAAGGUGACAAAACUUCAUUUUUACUUCCACGACACGGUUGGUGGCAAGAGCCCAACGGCAGUAAGGGUGGCCAGUGCCAACACAACUUUCACGUCAUCGCUGACAUAUUUCGGCCUGGUUGUGAUGUUCGAUGACCCAUUGACGGCCGGUCCUGAGAUUACUUCAACGGUGUUGGGUAAAGCCCAAGGCUUUUAUGCCUCCACUGACCAAAACGAACUCGGACUGGCCAUGUACGUGAAUUACCACUUCACGACCGGAGAGCAUAAGGGAAGCACUCUGACCCUCGUCGGAAGAAAUGCCGUCGACCAGAAAACUAGGGAAAUGUCCAUCGUUGGGGGUACUGGUGUUUUCCGGUUGGCACGGGGAAUUGCCACUGCAAAAACUUAUUUUCAAAAUUCUGCCAACUUUGAUGCUAUUGUUGAGUACAACCUUGUGGUUGUACAUUAUUGA